AUGCCCAUGACCGAGUACCAGGAUACGGGACCCCUCAAGAUUGGUCCUGACCUAGACCUAAGCAACCUUCCAGGAAAGUCCGUGAUUGUGACUGGAGGGGCCAGCGGACUCGGGAGAGCCUACGUGGAAGCAUUUGCGAAGGCAGGCUCAUUCGUGACUAUCGCCGACUUCAAUGAAACUGCUGGCAAAGAAGUGGUCCAGAACCUUGCCGGUAAAGCUCAAUUUGUGAAGUGUGAUGUCCGCAACUGGGACGAUCAGGUUCGCGUCUUUGAGGCGGCAGUUGAAGCUUCACCUCACAAGAGUUGCGAUAUCGUCAUUGCGAAUGCAGGCAUUGUUGGGAAAGAUGACCUCUACACACUUCAAGAUCCCCACGGUCCGCCGGUCAAACCAGAUCUUCGCAUCGUUGAAAUCAAUUUGAUCGGAACGAUCUACACUGCGAAGCUGGCUAUGCAUUAUAUGCGUAGACAGCCAUUAGAGAGCUCUCGUGACCGUUGCUUGAUCAUCAAAGCAAGCAUCGCCGCGUACAUUGAUAAUGCUGGCUCUCCACAAUACAACAUAUCAAAGUUUGGGGCAAGGGCUCUGAUGAGAAACUUGCGUCGGACAAUUUGGGAGGAGAAUAUUAGAGUAAAUCUUGUUGCACCGUGGUAUGUGCGCACACCAAUACUCGGCCAAAAGGUCCAGGAUUACCUUGACGGCCAAGGCGUUGGCUUUGCCUUGACUGAAGAUGCCGCAAAGGCCAUGCUCAAAAUCGCUUCAGAUACUUCAGUGAAUGGACGUGCAUUGGGUAUCGUUCCGCGAGUGACAGCACCGGAAGGAUAUAUGGAUCUCGACAAAGACGACUAUAAAGAGGGAGACAUCGUCAAGACCUGGCAAGAAAUUGCGCUUGCGACCACGCGAUUCCUGGUGGAGUAAUAUCUUAUCUGGAAGUCUGGUGGAGGUACCGAUGAAAAGAGACACGUAUUACUCGACUUUUUCGUAAAAUCGCAUUCAGUUGAACAUGACAGAAUGAGAUUCAAGCGCAUUCCUACGCGAUGAAACCUUGCUUGCUAGUCCAAAGAUUUUGGCGUUGAAAACUCGUAUCAAUACGUAUUUGUUGUCUAGUAGAAUACAGCGCAGCUUCGUUGGCUAGGUGGGAAGCAGUUUGCAAGGGUUGAUAGCUCCUUCUAUCGCUGAAAAU